GUAAGUAAUUGUGGUUUAAUGGAAGAUGCCAAAGCUAAUAACAAGGGGUUCCAUGUUAAAUCCUAGUUGUAGCAUAAACUAAUACCCUAUUUUUUAUGUUAUAGUCCCAAUCUAAGGGUGUGCCAUGGAACACCCUAACUACUAGCUACCUCCGCCCCUAAAUGGAGACUUUUUGAUAACCCCGAUGCCUUGUGGGCUAAGCUCCUGAAGGGGCUUUACUUUCCAAAUGAGGAGUUGUUCUCGGCAACGAAGGGGAGAAAGAGCUCCUGGGUUUGGAAUGGGUUGUGUGAGGCUAAGGAGCAGAUGAAGAGUGGUUUGUUAAGAGGUAUUAUGUCUGGUGAGGAUUCGUGGUUCCAUUGUGACCCUUGGCUUCCUUCUAUUCCAUGUUACAAUCUGUCUCACUUGGGGUUGGAACCAUCCAAAGUUAGUGAUUGGAUUGACCGUGAUUCUCGAAGUUGGAGAAUGGAGGCCAUUCGUAAUCUGGUGCCUGAUGAGAUUGCUCAUGCUAUUGCCCGUGUUCCGGUCGGUCCAUGUACUGCUAAGGACAGCUGGAUUUGGCGUCUUACAGAGUCAGGUGGUUACAGUGUUAAGUCUGCCUAUCGGAUGUUUCGAGAGACUCGAGAUUCCACUUUGGGUAAUGACUUGUUUUCCUCUUCUAGACCUAGCCGAGAUGAUUGGAAGUGGUUGUGGGGUCUCAAGCUGCCUCCUAAGCUUCGCUUUUUCAUUUGGAAAUGUGGUAAAAAUGCAAUUGCAACACGAGUGAGGUUGUUCGACCGCAAGUGUGCUCCUAACCCGCUGUGCCCACUCUGUGAGAACCAGGAGGAAACGAUUAUGCAUUGCUUCUUUCAUUGCCCCAAGGCGCUUGAGACUUGGACUCAGCUUGGGCUGCUUAAUGUGCUUCCUGUGGCUGACUCUUGCUUUGUGGAUUGGUUCUUUGGACUAAAAGACAGGGUUUCCGUUGGCCAGAUUACCAAGAUUGUGUGUUCCCUUUGGAACAUUUGGAUUGCUCGAAAUGGGUGGGUAUUUGAGAGUCGGGCGUUCUCUCCGUCCUCUGUGGCAAUUUUAGCCGAACGUGAUGUUUUGAAUGUCCAAGAAGCUAGGAUCGGAUCCUCAGCCAAUUUCUACUCAUGUCCAGCUGGAUUGCCUUCUCAGCCUGAGAGCUCUCGAUCGUCGACCUUAUCAUCGCCUGGUCCUUUCUGUAAGGUUGUGCAUUGUGAUGGUUCCUUUGUUUCUGAUGCACAGGUGGCGGCUUAUGAGAUUGCUAUUGCAAACUCCCACGGUCAGGUUAUCGAUGGGAAGGCUGAGCGAUUCUUUUGUUCUUCCCCGCUUCAAGCGGAAGCGUUUGCGAUUCUUAAUGCAGUUAUCUGGGUGGCCCAGGACCCUGUACCAACGUGUGUUCGCUCUGACUGUCAGAGGUUGACUAAUGCGUUGAGACAAGAUCCGAGCCUGUGGCCCUGGCAGUGUCGGGCAUCCCUUGCUCGUGUGGUUUCCAUUCUCUGUGUUUCUCCUUGGAUCACGGUUGAGUUUGUUCCUCGUCGAUUUAAUAAGGUGGCUGAUUGGAUCGCUAGGAACUCUCGCCUUGAUCUCCUUCAUCCGGAAUGGAUUUUCAUUGCCAACCUUGUCGCUCCAUUAUUGUAAUCGUUGUGCUCCCCUUGAUUGGGUUUGGAAUGAAAUGAAUGAUGCCUAUUGUCAAAAAAAAAAAAAGUCUCAUGACCUACAAAUUUGAGUAUGGUUCUCGACUUAAGUAUUACUCAGACAACCCAAAAGGAUGGUUUAGUGGUAAUGUAGUAAUGAGAACAUUCACCAGUUCAAUUCUUGUGACAAACAACCAACACAAAAAAUUACAACUCAAAUCUAAAUAGAUAAUCGGUUGGAUUUUGACAAGUAAAUAAUGGUUUUAGUG